AGAGAUAAGCUUUUUUUGAAAUUUCUCUCCUUUCCAAAUAAAGUUACAUUUUUCUUCUUUUUAAACAAAAUCACUUUCUGUGAUCUACAAUUCUGUGGUCGUGAAAUCAAUGACGGAACCAGAGCGAUUAGGAGGAAUCUCCCUGAGUUUUCCGGCGAAUGAGGAAGAUACGGUAACGACAACAUCACCAAAGACUCUUCCACGGAGGCUCCGUCGUCGUCUUCUCGAACCCAAGAGUCCUGUCUCCGCCGAAGAGAUCGAUUCCAAACUUAGAGAAGCUGAUCUCCGUCGUCAGCAAUACUAUGAAUCACUAUCGAGCAAGGCUCGACCUAAGAUGAGAAGUCCGAGAUCAGCAAGUAUAGAGGAGCUUAGUCAGAGACUUGAAUCAAAGCUUAAUGCUGCUGAACAAAAGAGGUUAAGUAUUUUGGAGAAGGAGCUGGCUCGUUUAGCUAAGAUGGAUGAAGCUAGACAAGCUGCGAAGAACGGACUUGAGCAACGGGUUGAGAAAGAGCGUGAUGAGUUAGAGAGUAAGGUUGAAGAAAGGGUUUUAAAGGCUGAGAAAAAUAGGAUGCUUCUUUUUAAAGCUAUGGCACAGCGGAGAGCAGCGAAGAGACAGCGAGCUGCGCAGAGUUUGAUGAAGAAAGCUGUUCAGGAGACGAGGUAUAAGGAGAGUGUGCGUGCUGCGAUUUAUCAGAAAAGAGCAGCUGCAGAGAGUAAACGGAUGGGGAUUUUGGAAGCGGAAAGGAGAAGAGCGAAUGCGAGAUUGACUCGGGUUUUUGGUGCUGCUAGUUCUGUGCAGAAUCAAAAGGAAGCUGAAAGAAAGAAAAUGAAGGAUCGUUUAGAAGAGCGGCUUCAAAGGGCCAAGAAACUUAAAGCACAAUAUAUGAGGCGAAGGAGAGGCAUGGACAGUUGUUCCUCUUCAAGAUCAGAAACAAUGCGAAAGAACCAAGUGCAUCUUGUUAGGAUGUUAGAAAGAUGUUGGAGGAGAUUUACAAAAUACAAGAAAUCUACUUAUGGCUUGGCUAGAGCCUAUCACGACCUCGGGAUCAAUGAAAAAUCCAUUGAGUCUGUGCCGUUUGAGCAGUUUGCCAUUCAAAUGAACUCAGUUUCUGUAAUUCAAACAGUGAAAGCAUUGCUUGAUCGCUUGGAGAUCCGACUCACUCUAUCUAAGGCAUCCAAUGUGGAGAAUAUUAAUCAUCUUCUUAAGCACAUCUUUCCCCCAGUUCGAAGAGGAAAAUCACCCAGUUCCAUGAGUAAAGGCGAGCAGAAGUCACCCAAUUCCAAGAUGGGAUAUCAAAAACUCAAAAAGAUUGCUAGAUAUCCAGCUAGAAUUUUUCUUUGUGCCUACAUGAUCAAGCAACAUCCCGGUGCAAUUUUUAGAGGAAGAGGUGAACAUGAAAUUGCGCUAGUUGAAUCUGCAACCUAUCUUAUUCGGGAGUUUGAACUGUUGGUGAAAAUUAUAUUGGAAGGACCAGAAUGUACCCUACCGGACAAUUUAUCUUUCGAAGCUCCACGUCCAAAAAAAUUCAGAUCUCAGCUAGAAGCAUUUGAUAAAGCUUGGUGCUCUUACCUGGAGGGAUUUGUAGUUUGGAAAAUUAAUGAUGCUAAGCUUCUAGAAAAAGAUUUAGCCAGAACUCAGGAGCCUGAACUGUCUGAGCUGAAGGUAUCUUCUCCAACUAAUCGGGCUUUAUUCUCUGAAACCGAUGGAGCACAAAAAUCAAAAGCACCUGCAGAUUCACAUCUUCCAUCAUCAUCUUCCCCGGGCUCAUCAAAUUUGUCCCCCUCUUUGAACUCUGGAAGCGAGGGCAUUUCUACUCCAAACGUGACAGCUAAUAGCUUUGAUGCAGCGUUGGCUAGUGAGAACGAAGUAAUCGUAAAUGAAAUUGUCCAUGACAGUAGCAGUAGUUUUGCUGAUAGCCUUGACCCUAACACUGGGGAUGCAAGCAACCUUCAGGUAAGGGUUAAGGAGACAAUGGAAAAGGCUUUCUGGGAUGGCGUCAUGGAAUCCAUGAAACAGUCGCAGCCAGACUUCAGCUGGGUUCUUAAACUCAUGAAAGAAGUCAGGGAUGAACUCUGUGAGAUAUCUCCAAAAGAUUGGAGACAAGAGAUUGUUCAAACUAUCGAUACCGAUGUGCUGUCACAGUUACUGGCUUCUGGUAAUGUCGACAUGGGUUAUCUUGGAAAUAUUCUAGAGUUUUCCCUUGGCAUUUUGCUGAAACUCUCUGCUCCAGCCAAUGAAGAGGAAAUUAGGACUACUCACCAUAAAUUAAUGACAGAACUUGGAGAGAUAGUUCCAACUGAAGGCCAUUCGAAUUCGUCAUAUGCAGUCUUAAUGGUUAAAGGGCUACGCUUUGUUUUGCAGCAGAUUCAGAUUCUAAAGAAGGAAAUCAGCAAAUCUCGUUUGAAACUCUUGGAGCCACUUCUAAAGGGACCUGCUGGUCUGGAAUAUCUGAAGAAGUCAUUUUCAAGUCGGCAUGGUUCCCCAGACCAAGCGUCUUCCUCGCUACCAUUGACAAAGCGUUGGCUUUUAAGUGUUCGGGGAGAGGCAGAGAGGGAGUGGAAAGAACACCAAGAUGCUCUUUCUGCUGUCACAAAUAACCACUCUGGAUCAUCAGGUCUCCCUUCUACCACCAUGCGAACUGGUGGCAAUAUCUCCUCUGUUUCAAAAGUCAAUACCCCUUCGUCUUCAUUUCCAGGAAUUGAACUGUCAGAGUGCAAAGGAGAAACUGUGGAUCUUCUUGUUCGCCUUGGCCUGUUAAAAAUGGUGAGCGAAAUUGGUGGUCUUACUUUAGAAACUGUCCCUGAAACAUUUCAACUUAACCUCUCUAGGCUGAGAGCUAUUCAAUCCCAAAUCCAGAAAAUCACUCUAGUAUCCAUCAGUGUGUUGAUCCUCCAGCAAACACUUGUAAGUGAAAACUCAUCCCCGAUUGACAUGGAGACCAUUACAUGGACUUGCAUAAACCGUCUUUACGAGAUGCUAGACGCAAAACCUGAUGCGGGUCUUUCAGAAAUCAUGGAAACACUCUCCAAACUUCUUGAUUCUGACGAUGCAGAGACAAAGAAACAAGUAAUCGCAAACAUGCUUGUAAAAAGCUUACAAGCAGGAGAUGCAGUAUUCACACGUGUUUCACAGACCAUAUACCUAGCCAUUAGAGCUGCGGUUUUGGCAGGAAACAACACGAAGAGAAAGCAGUUGGUGGAAACAAUGCUACGAAAGAUCGGAGCAGCUUCUCUCUCGGACAAAGUCAUAGAGGUUUCAAACAUUCUUGUUCUUGUGGCAACAGUGUCACGUUCUGUUCAUGGAUUGUGGUACGAAGAAUUGCUGAAGAAACCGAAUUAAGAGACUAUGUGGACCAAUGGACCAGUGUGUGUUUGUUUAUGGUUGGGUCAAGCUUUGAAGUGUUUGUAGUAGAUAAGAGUCAGAACAACACACCACGUUUGUAUUUAUAACUAUUAGCUGUGAUACAUCUGUAAUACAAUGUACCUACAAGU